AAAAAAUUAAUAGUACGAACUACGAAUGUAUGAUAGAUUAGUAUUUAACGUUGAACGCUCAAUGGUCUGUACCACUGAUAUUUAUAUUAUAUUAAUAUAGAUAUUAGUGGUCUGUACAGUAUACAGUGUACGACAAACUUUACUGACAACAAAGUAUGAACUAUGAAAAUUUACCAAGUCACAUAUUAUUUGGUAUCAGUUUAAUUCACUAAUAAUAAAAGAUAUGGCUGCUAUCAAAGAAGAUAUUGCUACUACAAUUUUAACAAAUGGAACUAGGAUACAUAAGAAAAAGAAAACAGUCAAAGAUAUUGAUAUUAAUAUAACUUCUUCCAAAACUUCAAAUGAUGCUGUUAAUUUAUCAAAAUUAAAUAGAUUAAUGGAAAUAUCUAAAGAAACAAAAGGAAAAAAAAUGAAAAAAUCUAAUGAGAAAGUGCUUAAAGUAAAAAAAAUGGUAUUGGAAGAAGUGACAGAACAAACACAACUAGUCGAGAACAAUACUGAAUUCAAUCAACUAAAAAAAAAUGAUCGCUUAAGUUUUAAAUGUUCUUUUUGCUCUAAAACAUUUGAGUUUAAAUCUUUAUUGUUUAGGCACAAUAGAAAACACACAAAUGAAAAACCAUUUAAAUGUGUAAUUUGUGGCACCUCAUUUACCCAAAGAUCGUCUUUAGAUGAUCACUUUAAAAUACACACUGGUAGUAGAUUUUUUGAAUGCAAAUGUUGUGACCUCACAUUUUCUAGAAAAUCAAAUUUACGUGCGCAUGAAAAAACGCAUACUGAUAAAACUCAUUUCAUGUGUGAGUUUUGUAACAAAACGUUUAAGCAUUCAUGUGCAUUGGUUACUCACCGCAGGACUCACACUAAUGAAAAACCAUACAAGUGUGAUGUGUGUUUUAAAUCAUUUGCAAAAAAAUAUGGGUUAGAUGUACAUUAUCGAAUCCAUACUGGUGAAAGACCUUACUCAUGUGAAAAUUGUGAAUCUAAAUUCUUGACCAACAGCGAUCUUAAGAGACAUAUCAAAAGAAACCACGAAAAUUAGAUGAUUGUUAAUACGGCUUUUAUUGUACUCAAUUUUUAUUUGAAAAAAUCAUAAAAUGUUAUUUUAUAGUUGUCUAAUAUUUUGGACUGCAUAAUUUAAAGUGGAAUUGUAUACAAUAUAUUAUUAUGUAUUAUUUAAUUUUAACUAAAAAUGUAAUUUGUUGUAAUCAUUUUGCACUGUUUUAUUAAAAUUCUAUACUAAAUAUAAAUAAAUAUAUUUUGUUCCCCAUGUUA